UUGGCAGGAAAGGGCUGUCUCUUCCGUAGGCCGGAAAAGGAAAAUGGUGGCUUGGGCAGACAGGCGGCUCCUGUAGGCACAGAGAUAGCAGCAGCUUUAUCCCUGAAGAACAAGAUGGCAGACAGCUCAAAGGUCAAGAAGACGGCCAUCACCGUGCUGACCUACGUGGAAAAGGUGUCCUCUUUCGCCUCAUCUUUUGACCCCAUCUUUGGGAUCGUCUCCUCCCUGGUGGGUGUGGCUCGGAAGGGUCUCAUGGACGAGGAGGGCCACGAGUUGGAUCAGGACUUCCAGGCCAUCCACAGCAAGCUGGAGAGCAUCUCUGAGAAGAACCGGCAGUGCCUGACGCAGAUCCGGAUCGACGAGGUCAAUGAGACCUUUGGGAAGUACGAGGAGUACAUCAAGCACCAGUACGCCGCCUUCAACGCCAUGGUGGCGCAGAUGAAGAAGGACCCAGACAACACAAAGCAUUACAUGGAGAACUUUGAGCGGAUCUACGAACGGGACAAAAUGGACACCAGCCUGGACGUGUACUACCGUGGUGUGAUGGGCACUGGCUCGCUCUUCGGCAGGCCCCUGCUGAGGGUCUACCUGGAGAACUGCAACGCUGACGCGGAAAUCAUGGAGCGCCAUUGCUCACACGUGGCCCACCUCUUCCACAUGGGCCUCAUCGCCCUCAUGGCCUACACUGUGGUCACUGAGGACGACGAGGACGAGGUACGCGAAAAGUGGGCUGCCAGAGUGCAGGAGAUUCAAGAGAAGAUGCAGGAGGUGCUCACCAUCUGCAACGUCAGGGAUCUUGACCCGCCUUCCGAUGACAAAAGUCCUGCUUCCUGAACCCGGACCGACAAGUCAAAUCCCACCAUCCAGCUGUGGACCAAUAGAAAAGCAGACCAAUCAUCUUGUUAUUC